GGGGAGGAAAAUGUGGCCAGCAAGUACCGGUCGCUCGUGUACCUGUACUUAUCGUCGUUUGAUCGACGAUCGCUCGCAACUAAACCUCGGACGGGGUUUUCAGAUUUAGUGACGCAAUCUGUGGACAAUCGCUGAAGCAAUUGUCGGAUUUGGCGACAGUGUGCGAGCGAGCCAUGGCGACGUUGAGCACGGGCGUUCUGACUGCUGCCUCUCAAUGGGGAGGAAUGCAGUCUCUCGCUGCUGCUCCUUCUUCGACCCGUCGUCCGGUGCCUUGGACAAUGCCGAUGCCGAUGCCGGCUUCUUCGUUACAACAGCAGGCAUUGAGAAUUAGGCGCUCGCAUGGCAGUGCAGCAGGUUAUGCUGUCGGUCGGUCAAAGAGGUCUGUUGCUGUAAGAUGUGCAGCUACACUCAACAACAAGCCCGUGGGCGGAGACCAAAUGCUGGUGUACGUCCCACCGCAUCCGCUCAUCAAGCACUGGGUUUCCGUCCUUCGAAACGAAAUGACGCCCUCUCCCUUGUUCAGGAGUGCAAUGGCUGAACUCGGGCGGCUUCUUAUAUAUGAAGCAUCACGUGAUUGGCUGGUCACGGUGAGUGGCGAAAUACAAACGCCUUGUGGAAUUGCAGAAUGCGAAUUCAUCGACCCAAGAGAGCCUGUGAAGGUUGUGCCCAUAUUGAGGGCAGGUUUAGUACUGGUGGAACAAAUUGGCUCUGUGCUUCCAGCAACACAGACAUAUCAUUUAGGUUAUGUACGCGAUGAGGAGACUUUGCAGCCAAAAAUGUACCUGAAUAAGCUACCAGAAAAGUUUCCAGAGGGUUCAAGAGUGUUGAUCACAGACCCCAUGCUCGCAACCGGAGGUACUAUAGUGGCGGCUCUUGAGGAGCUAAGAAAUCGUGGAGCUGAUCCCAAGCUCAUGCGGGUGAUAUGUGCUGUUGCCGCACCACCGGCACUUACGAAACUGAGUGAGAAAUUUCCAGGGCUGCGAGUUUAUGCUGGAAUCAUUGACCCAGAGCUGAACGACAAGGGGUACAUCAUUCCUGGCCUGGGGGAUGCGGGUGACAGAAGUUAUAACACGUAGUCCUGAUCUACGAGUUUUGGAUCAGCCCCACCUUCUGCUGAUGUCAAUUCCUAUGUGCCUACCAUUCCACGGCACCAAGUGGAGAUUGAGGAGGGCAUAAGUGAAGAAAAGGACUGUUCGAUCUAGGUGCCUUUCAAGCUCUGUGCUGGUGAGGAUGCUGCGGAGAGUUUCAGUUAGAGCUGGACCGUUUCGUAUUUUUACGGCUGAGAAUUAAGAAACAGGAUUGAUUGAAUGAAUCUAAUGCGAAGUCCAGGAACUCGACGGGGCUUUGAGACCGAGGAAUGUGAAAAAUCUCUUGUCGAUACAGUAGAGCAGUAUUUUUUUGAUGUUCAGAGUUCUGUUACACGGUGGAGGACAGCGGAUAGUCAAUCCGCGAGGCCGCUAUAGAAUGAUGACGACGUUGAUGAAGAGUGAAAAGGAAGUCCCCAGUCUCGAUUUUUGACACAAGCCGAUAACCUCAUAAAAAGCCUAUAUGAUUGUAGCCGGACAAACCUGAUUGCCAUGAGGUUUGUCCUCCUUGGGUAUGAAGUUUUGGGCAGUACGGAUCGUUUCUUUCCAAGAUCCACGCAGAAUAAAUGAGUAAGUUCCCGGAAAGUGCAAGAGCUAGCUUGCAUUUUAUUCAUUAAGAUACAAACUACUCAACCAUGUCGCGAAGUUUUGGAUUUCAGGCUGUGGCAGGCGCAUACUUAAGAGUUGACUUUCUGAGAUGUAAAUGAGUUUCUGCAUAUAGUUGAUGUUGUGUGUUCAUCUGUGGACCUUUCUAGACAACUACCCUGGUCCAUGUAUUCAGCAAAGUCGA